AUGGAGGGCGUUUAUUUCAAUAUUGAUAAUGGUUUCAUCGAAGGUGUCGUUAGAGGAUACCGGAACGGUCUGCUUACGGGGAAUCAAUACAUCAACUUGACUCAAUGUGAUACUUUAGAGGAUUUGAAAUUGCAACUUUCUUCUACCGACUAUGGCAAUUUCUUGUCAUCGGUCCCCACUGAAGCUUUGACUACGUCUGUGAUCCAGGAGAGUGCUUCUGAUAAGCUUUACCAGGAGUUUAACUACAUUAGGGACCAGUCGAGUGGGAAAACUAAAAAAUUCAUGGAUUACAUAACGUAUGGGUACAUGAUCGAUAACGUGGCAUUGAUGAUUACGGGUACGAUCCAUGACCGUGAUAAGGCUGAGAUUUUGCAACGUUGUCAUCCCUUGGGUUGGUUCGAUACUUUACCCACAUUGACCGUGGCUACCGAUUUAGAGUCGUUGUACGAAACUGUGCUUGUCGAUACUCCUUUGGCACCAUACUUCCGUGAUUGUUUUGACAAGGCCGAUGAAUUGGAUGAUUUGAAUAUUGAGCUUGUGAGAAACAAGCUAUACAAGGCCUACUUGGAAGAUUUCCAUAGUUUCAUCUCAGAGAAUGUCGAUCAACCAGCUUGUGAAGUAAUGCAAUCAUUGUUGGAAUUUGAAGCUGACAGAAGAAGUAUAAACAUCGCUUUAAACUCUUUGCAAAGUCCCGAUAUUGAUCCUGAGUUGAAGAGUGAGCUUUUGCCAGAUUUGGGAAAAUUGUACCCAUUGGGUACUAGUCAUUUGGCUCAGGCUUCAGAUUUCGAAGCUGUAAGAAGUGCUGUGAAUAACGUUUACGACUACCGUGGGAUCUUGGAGUCUGGUAACUUAGAAGAUCACUUCUACAAAUUAGAAAUGGAACUCUGUAGGGAUGCUUUCACCCAACAGUUUACCGUUUCUACGAUCUGGUCAUGGAUGAAAUCUAAGGAACAAGAAGUGAGGAAUAUCACUUGGAUCGCCGAGUGUAUCGCACAAAACCAGAGAGAAAGAAUAAACAACUAUAUCUCGGUCUACUGA